AUGGCAGGGUCUGCGGCGCCCGCGGCGGCUCUGUCGGGCCAGACGGUGUGGCUGUCGCGCUUCGCCUCGGUGCGCGGCUCCUACAGCGCCUUCUGCAAGGGGCUCACCCGCACUCUGAUCACCUUCUUCGACCUGGCCUGGCGGCUGCGCACGAACUUCCCCUACUGCUACGUGUUGGCCUCGGUGAUACUCAACGUCCGCCUGCAGGUGCGGAUUGAGUGAGCGCCAGCAGCGGUGGUGGCCGGGUCAGAGUCGCCUGCCCACCAGCGCCGAGCCUGGACACCUUGUGAAGGACAGCGGGGCCACCGGACGCUUUGGGGUGCAGAGUGGCCUGGGUCCCUGCUACUGUAGACACCCGCGUCUGGGGGACCGCUACCCGACCCUGGACCCCGUCAACACCUGGAAGAAAACUCACGCAAUGGGUCCUUUGCAUUGGGCUCGAGAAAAUUACGAGUCCAGCUGACCUGUUGCCUCACACUGGCCAAAACUGGGAAAUCAGAAAGAAGGAAUUUUACUGCAGCGAAUUCAUUUGCCAAGUCUGAGCAAAAAGGCAUUGGUCUUUAUAGGUGGUGUCCAGCCACUAUCUGGCUUGUCAAGAAUCUGAUCCCUGCCUGGAAGUGCCUCUAUUCCUGCAGCCACCUGGGGAGCAACUGAGUGAAAUGCCCAGGAGGAGGGGAAGGGCCUUCUUGGUAGAGGCCCAGCAUGGACAGAGGCCUUGAAGCUUGAAGGACUUCCUUAAGAUCUGGCAGCCUGUGGAACAGGGAAGGAGUACAGAGCUCCCAGGUACCUAGGAGGAGAGGGGUCCAGGGGUAGGAAAUCUGGGAUAUGGCUUUCCUUGGAAUGGUAUGGAAGGUCCCAGGGAAGACAAAACAGUGAGCUAAGAUGGGGCACAAGAGAGAUGGGUCUCUGAACCCUCUCUCUGUCCCUGGACUCAGGCUCCAUCCCCAGGAUCACACAGGAGAAUCUCAUCCAGAUGACCUGGGAUUGACUCUGGAGAUCCCAGGCAUGCUGCUAUUUGGGAUCCCAAAAUAGCCAGAAGCUACCCAAGAGGAGUCCUCACCACCCAUGCCUAUUCCCUCAGCUCCUCUGGCACUGGUAGCUCAAGUCCCAUGUACUGAGUUCCUGGGACCAAAACCUACAGAAGCCUGGCCAGUCCCAGGGACAGAGUGGCCCAGCCUCCUACUGCUGCCCUUCUCAGCUCCUCACUGGAUCUGGGGUCUCCAAUGAAGAUCUCAGUUUGCUCCACCCCAAGGAUGGAGGCUUUAAUAUGGCUGCCAUGUGUCCCUGUGGUUUCCCAAAGUCUAGGCCUGGUAGCUUCCUUCCUUGUGCCAAGUCCCUCUGGAGCCCUUCAUCCUGCUGACCCUUCUCAUCUUGUCUACUCAGGACCACUUCUGGAGACCUGUCAGCCUCUGACCUCAUCCACAGGUCUCUGGGCCACCUCUAUGGGACAAGAGACACAGGGUAGAAGAAGAAAGCAGGAGCCAAGGGGCCUCCUUGGGUCAGCUACCCAGUUUGGGCCCUUUCAGAUCCUGGUCCCACCCUCUGGGUGACAGGAUCCCCAGCUCCAGCCUCUUCCGCAGUCAGCCAGGAAGGAAGGAGGAUGGCCCCUCACUCCUCACUGAGUGUGUGUGCAUGUUUGAGUACGCAUGUGUGUGUGAGUUUGCCAGCAAGCUUGUGGGGGUGUGAUGGAAGGGAUGGAGCUGUUGAGUAUGAGGAGCUGCUCUGGCUGCCCAGCCCUCUCUGCAAAGGGCUCCACUUGGGGCCUAGGAGCCCUUUUCUAUAGGGAGAAAAGUAAGUGGAGCCUCAGGGCCACCCUCAGACCUCCACUCCAGGGAAACCCAACCCUGCCCAGCACCCUGGCUUGGUCUUUUGCCGCCUCUGCCAAAAGGGAUUGGCCCCAGGCCCCACCCAGCCUUGUGUUCCUCCGCUGUUGGGGCCUUGACCCUGAGUGAGCUUCUGCUUUCCUGCCUCCCCUCUUGCCCGCUUUCUCUCCCUCAAGGGCCCUUGCUGCGUGAUGGGGUCUCCAUGCACUUUAUUUAUUUGCAGUCUGUGUUCCAGGUGGCGGAGCUUCUACAUAUUCAGAGACCCAGCCUGGAUGACCUUACAUUUCUGUGUGAUGAUCUCUGCGCUGGCCAGCACAGUCUGGUCAGGGAUAUGUUCUUGUUUCUGAUAUUGUCACAUGUUGUUGUCCCCCUAUGUUAAAAAGAAAGUCCUUGAGUUCAGAACACUACAA